AUGACACUCGACGAUGCGUAUAGCUUUCUUACCCCAGCUAAGGUAAAGAUACUACUAGUACCAAUCAACAAUUGCACAGUACCUGAUUUCAACCGUUACGUGUACACUAUAAGGCAUGAAACCAACAAACACCGAUUUGGAGCUAUUAGCGACGAUGACGGACUGUCUAAUACUGAUAGUGCUGAUUCACCAUUGAUAAUUCCUGACUUUCAAACUACCCCUAUUGAUGAAAACCAGGUUUAUUUACAUGAAUUUGAACCAUUCCGAAAGGUUUUCAUUGUCAUUGGAAUUGGUCCUGAAUUGUCUAGCGAUACAGCCAAGACAGGUUUCGAUCAUCGAACAGAGUUACGGAGAAUAUACUCAAGUGCUAUAGUGCAUGAAGUUAUAGAGUUCAAUGAAAAUACCAAUAUCAAGCUGUGUCUUUAUAAACUUAGCUUUCUAUUUACAGAUGCUUUGAACGACUUUGCUGCCGGGUACUCAGCCAUUACGUUAAGAUCUCCGGUAUCAAUUACUGAUAGCCAUGUUGUCACUAAAACAAUUAGCAAAGCAGAGAAGCGACUAAGUUCUGGGUCGACUUCUUUUAGAGCUUCUUUCAACGGAGGCUCUAUUGAUGAACAUAUACUUGGUGAUGCUAGUACAGCUACAUCAGCUUCUGGAACUGCAACUGCAACACCUACUAGGAAUACAAAUACAAAUUCAACUGCAACAUCAACUACAACAUCAACAUCAACUUCAACUUCAACUUUAGCAGCAUCAAAGUCAUCAGGAAAACUUAAAACACAAUCGAAAUAUGCAGGAAGACAUUUUAAACUUAUGGGAAAUUUACAUUUACUAGCUGGGAGGUAUAGCGAUGCUUUGACAAGCUUUACAGAGGGCCUAACAAUACUUAAACGACAUAAUGAUUUCUUAUGGCUAGGUAGUUGUAUCGAGGGGCUUUCCGUGGCUAUAUUUUUAAUCGAGUAUACAGGUCAAACAUACCAGCUUAGUCCCAGUAUUAGCUCAACGUUGCAAAUCACAAAGUCAUCCCUAGUUGAUUACAACGAGAGUAGAAGAAGGUCUUCUUUAGAGUCUAAUGGGUCCAAGAUCUCGAUAAACGCAUCAGCAACAACAAUAACAACAACUUCAGCAGCAACAGCAACGGCAACGGCAGCAACGGCAUCCCCACGAAACUCGAUAACUUCAAAUGGUUUUAGUCUCCCAUUAACUACUUCUGUUGACUUGAACACCAUUCCAUUUUAUGACACUUUGAAACUAUCGCUCACGAAAGCAAUUUAUUUCUACGGUCAAAGCACGAGCGAUACUGAGAAUAUGGUUCCCGAUGUUGUUUACAUUGAAUGCAUUUUAAGAAAACUCAACUUAAUGGUGGCUAGUAGGAUUGGAACUUCGUAUGAUUACAUAAUGGAAACUGUUAUCAAUCGCACUGGCACUGAGAUAGCAACAGCGUUUCCAAGUAAGGAUAUUUUGUGCGAUGUUGAUAAAAUAUUUCUCCUCCAGCUUGUGGAGUUACCAAUCGACGAGCAGUGCAGAAUCUUUUCGUACAUUGCAAAAGUUUAUCGGAGUUUGGGUUUGUUUAGAAAAGAAGCUUUCGUUACGAGGUUCCAAAUCCUAACAUUGAUGCCGCACUUGAACGUGCACAACUUACCCGAGGCGAAAAAGUUGAUUGAGAGUUUAUUCAAAAUCUACAAGAUUAAUCUUGCUUGCGAAGGCACAGCCCACGAUGCUCAACUUCAUUCACAAGGAAGCUGGACUUCUUUACAGAUACAGGUUUUACGUUUAGCAUUAAACCUAGCUGAGCAAUCUGAGGAUGACGCGUUCCUCCAGGGGCUUUGCAUUCUAUUACUUACUCGAUUCUCACACUGCCUUCCCUUCGAUGACCAGUUGAAGUUGCGCGAUAAAAUGAUUGGAAAAAAGGUAACCACAAAGCUUCCGUAUUGGGAUCCAUUCUUGGUUCGUAAAGUUAAGUACGUUUCAACUAGAGCACUGCAAGAUGUACACACCAGUACGCCAAUACUUACUCGCAACAAGGAGAUAAUUUCUGAACCAUUUUACGACCCUUACACUACUAAUAAACUGGGUAGUCACAACAAGCCAGAUUUGCCUAAAAUCGAUCAUACCGUGAUUGAAGGGGAGCUUCAUCAACUUAAAAUCUCGAUGCAGAACCCGUUUGCCUUUGAUCUCGAUAUUAAUGAUAUCGAAGUUGUUAGUGAAGGAGUUCGUGUAGUAACGUUUCACGAGUUGACUCAAGUUGUAAAUAGCUAUUCGGCUGGAAACUCCAUUGAUACAAGUAUUGCAAAUUUCAACAAAUUGCGUGUUAAAGAAAAGAGAACUACAGUAACAAAUACGGCCUCGCUGCUUUAUGGUGGUGCUUCCACUCCUUUUGUACUACGCGCUAUGUCAACAGAACAGUUUCUUGUCACUUUUAAAGCUACUGAUGUGGGGAAGCUUGUGAUUAAGGGAUUUAAUAUUCAAGUUUGGCGUUGCGAAAAACAAUUUUUCCCUAUAAUCGACAAGGAGAAACGCAACGAACAUGGCAUAAAGUUGAAACUGGUUGUUUCAGAGCUUGGUGAGAAUCUGCAACAGUUGGCUCUUGAUAAACGGACGUUUGCAUCGAAAGAGACAACGCACCUGUCUGAUUUGAAGACAAUUGAUAGUUUGUUGGCAACUUUGCGAGCAAGUGCAACCACUGAACGAGUUAGUCAUCGACAUUUGGUUUUAAACGUUAUACCGCCUCAACCAGUGCUUAGACUCAAGGAUCUUCUGAUACGUAAUGGAUGUGUUAUGGUUCUUGAAGGUGAAAGCAUUGACUUUACAGUAACUUUGGUAAAUGAAUCCAUGGAAACAAUCAACUAUUUGUCAUUUUCAUUUUGGGAUACUGCCAUUGAAUUCUUCAAUAACAAAUUAUAUCAACUGCCAUAUUUGAAAGCUGAUGAAGUUUACGAACUUGAGUGGCAGUUGUUGAAUUUCAAGUCUUUUCGUGUGAAAAACAAGGACGUUUUGGGUGAAGUAAUCAAACCAAAAGAGGAGCUUGUUAUCGAGUUUGAACUUGUGGGCAGGAAGUUAAUGAGCCAGCUGUUGAUUUCAUUGGACUAUGCACACAAAACCGGCUCAGAUUGUUUCACCAAACACUUGGAUGUUCCAAUCACUGUUUCGGUGAUGCCAAGUGUGGAAAUUGUUGGGUGUGAUAUUAUACAUGUUUUUCCAGAUUCUAUCCUCAAUAAAAGCGUGGACUUUAUCAACACUAAAUUUGAAGCUGUUCAACGAUUCAUCAAAGAAGCGGGCGAAAUCGACACAAGCGAGUAUUGCAUUCUUGUUUUGGAUCUAAAGAAUUUGUGGAACAACAAGAUGCAAUGCACCUUAUCCUACGACAACUUUGAGUUUGUUUCUGAUAUUGAAAUCAGCAAAACUGAGAGAUUUUUUUUACCAAUUCGUAAAAUCAAAUCAUUGGAUUACAAGCAGAUUCCAUCGUUGCGUAAUAAACAGUUUAUAAAAGAUUAUAAUUUGGGCGAACAAGAGGAAGAGCUCAUGAAGAGAUUGUUUUGGAUUAGACAGCACGUGCUUGACAAGUUAAAGAUAAGUUGGGAAACAUACAAAAGACGUGGUUCAGUCAAUUUGCGCAAGUUGAUGAUAACACCAAGAAUGGCGUCAGUGAUUGUGCUUGAAAAUCUUGUUGUUGAGAAUCGAAUUGUGACUGCAGAAGGGGAAGAAGUAGCAAGUGAGGCACUCAAGACAGAUGAAUUUUACAUUCUAGAAACGAAAAUAACCAAUCGUCUCUCCAACCAAAGCCUUAGUGGUUUCAUUAAUCAUUAUCCAGCCGUUGACUUGGGUGGCACGAAUGGUUCGAGUCGACAAAUAUCCACUGACCGCAAAAUCCUUAUUGAAGGGGUUUUACAAAAGUUGUGCCCCGUGGUGAAGCCCAACUCGUCAAUAAUCUCUAAGCUCAGCUUCAUCAUAGUUGAGAGAGGCGAAUAUGUAUGGGACACGGUUUUUGAGUCAAAAGAUAGUCGUUUCAUUUCAAAAAAGCCUCUACGCAUCACUGCGUCUUAA